AUGGAGGCACGAAACAAGCGAAUCAGCCGCAUCCCUCCUCCGCAGGUGCCUGCCUUCAGGCAGAGUACCGUGAAGAGUUCCGCAAGCGUGAUAUUGUCCUCGAAACCACCGAUAAAGAGCCGAAAAAGUACAAGCAUCCCUUCGACGAGCUUAGCCACUCGUACCAGACCACUGACGGUUGCUGCAAACACGGUGUCUCAAACAAAAUUGAUGAUAAAUCGCACGGAUCAAGCUAAAACCAACGGUCGUGUCAAGUUUGUGGACAAACACAACAUCCCCUUGACUCCGUCCAAGUCCACCAGCAGUGCCAAAGACACGAAAGUGCACACAACAGGAACCAUUCCAAAGUACUUGCUGAAACAAAAGCAAUGGUCCAUGACGAAGGACCCGAACGCGGUACUACAGGGGGUACCGCCGGUGCAAGAGAAAUCUGCACCUCCGCCAGAUGCCAGCCAACCAUCACCGGUCAUCGACGACGCACAACUUGAUGCACAAUACUUUAAACAGUACAGCAAGAAGCUGGAGAAACGUGUUGCCGAGUUACUGGACGAGCUGGGUGCCCGUGAGGAACGUAUAGCCAUUCUGCAAAAGAAGCUACGCACCGCCAUGGAUCUGAUGCAGCAGCAACAGCAAGCGGUCCGUCGCACGGCAUGAAGAAUCACGAGGCAACGCA